CUGUAGCCCAGUGAGGUCGUAACGCUGUCAUUUUCAAGUAACCCUUCGCUUCACGUCACGAAUCCUUGAACCGGUAUUCGUAAAGUGUCCAGUAGCACCGAUUGGAUUGCGUAGAGCUGCUCGCGAUCAGCGGCAGCCGCAAACGUUUGAAAUGACUCGCCGACUUGUCAAGUUCUUGGUCUCGGGGUUCGGCCCCUUCCUCGGGGUGGAACGAAAUCCUACACAAAGCCUCGUGGAAUAUCUCGCAAGCAGGACUGGGCCAGGAGGGGCCCUCUUGAGUUCAGGGUGCGAAUACGAGCUCAUUCAGGUUCUUGGCACGGCAGUGAUACGCGUCUCAGCGGAGGACGUCGACGCGCACCUGGCUCAACUGGUGGCGGUACUGCAGCAGGAGGCCGACAUCCCGCGUGCAGCCGUGUCCGUACCCUGUGCGGGUAGCCGCCCCGCUGCCACCGCCCCCACAGCCCCCGCAGCUUCCGGCAACUCCGCCGCACCAGUCAGACCCUUCUCAUCCCCUAGCGUCGACGCCAGCAGCACCCGCGGCUCGUCAAUCGUACUGCUCCAUCUGGGCGUGGCGAACACUGCCACCACCUACCGUCUCGAAUCGCGGGCCUACAACUGCGCCACGUUCCGCGUGCCCGAUGCCAACGGCUGGAGCCCGCAGCGUCAGGAGCUGGAGUCGGGGAGGCCGGGCGGGCUGGAGGGCUGGGUCGGGAGCGCAUUGCCCCUUGAGGAGAUGGCGAAGGCGCUGACAGCCAAGGGCCACGGAGACGUGUUGGUCUCGACCAACGCGGGACGCUUCAUCUGCAACUGGUGCUACUACCGCUCUUGUCGCCACGUUAUGCAAAUUGAAGAGCAAUCUGCGCCUUCUGUUGCCGCAUCCUUACCAUGUGGCGGCGACGAAGGCGGCAGCGGCGGAACGGCGGGUGGAAGCAUUGCCGCUAGCGGCAGUGGAGCCAGCAGCUGCAACGCCGCAGCAACCGGUACUGCUGCUAGCGCCGCCGCCGCAGGCGGCAGCACUACCCCAGCAACUGCUGCUGCGCGCAGCGGCGGCAGCAACAGUUGCAGUGGUGGCAGCAAUGACGGCGGCCGUGGCGCGCAGCGGCGCUGGCACUCGCUCUUCAUUCAUGUGCCGCCAUUCAGUGUGUAUGACGAGGGUGCACAGCGCGCAUUUCUGAUUGAUGCAAUCCGGGAGGUGGCGGCGCGUGUUACCGCAUUCGAUAACGGCCUCGAUGCUCAACUAGAGCAACAGCAGCGCGGAGACAGCUGCUACGGAUAUGGUGCCGGAGGUGGUGUGGCAGCGGCUGCCGCCGCAACAGCAGAAACUGCAGCAGCAGCGGCGCACGACAGCGCUGACCCCGGCGGUGGCUUCGGGCGGUUGCGCCCAACCGUCGUUCAGGGGACAGGGCUACCGGAGCCAAGCCCGGAGCAACUGCUGGAGCAACAGCAGCGUAUGCUGCUACCCGUGGUGACAGUAGCAGGUACAGCGGCCGCACUGGAGGAUGCCAGUGCAGGCGGCGGCGAUGGCGUGGGCGUGGGCGUGAACGUGCUGGAGAUUACGGAUGGCAGAUAGCUUGAUGAAACGCCACCACGUACUAGAUUGCUAGCAUUACUAGUCUGCGCAUCCUACUGGUGGCCUUGCUUGCGGCUGCCACCAUGCACGCAUUCACGCACGUGGAAUGUACAGCGACCUGCUGUCAAGCAGGCUUGCGUUAACCAUUUACUACAAAUAUAGCAGGGCGGGCGUACGUACGCAGAUGAAGUUCAUCGAUGCAAUCAUACCAGCUAUGAAGUCUGUGCUGCUGCUUGAUUAAUUGCCGAAUGAAUGCCAACUAGCAGCUAUUUGCAUGCAUACAUGCAUGUUCAGCGCUGCGUGCAUGCGCACGUUCGUGCAAGCAGCUAAAGCAGCCUGCUGCACUAUCCGUAUCUGUAUGUAGGUACGUGCGGCAUUUGCGUUAGCCAUCAACGGUCUAAUGCAGCAGUCUGAGCGAUGGUUGCACGCAUGGACGACAUGCCUCAUUAGAUGGGCAUACAUGUAUGCUCUAUAUAUUUAAAUAGACGAAUACAUACGCACCUACGUGUGUUUGUGCGUGCUUGCUUGCUUCAAGCGUGUGCCUGCUAGCAUCUUCUUGGCUGGCUGCGUAAGUCCGCAACCGCAACCAUUUUAUGCUGCCGUUGCAACGCAAUUGGUUGAUAGCUGCAAAGCAAGGCAGGCGCUUUCGUUACAUGCACAGAGCGUUUAUGGCUAGCUGACUCGUGCAGCAAGCAAGCAAACAAGCUAGGCGCAGUAGCAUGGCCACUGUGUCUUUACUGCUCAAGCAACUAGCCAUGCUGGCUUGGACAGUCAGGCAGGUGUGCCCGUCGCUGCUGUUGCCAAUCAUGAUACAGCAUACAUCAGUCGCGCACCCUUCUGCAAGCUGCACAGGCGGCAGACAUAAAAUGAUGGCGAGUUUGCCGCUGGGCUAAGCCAUACCUGCUGUACUUGCAGUUCAUGCAUUAUUGCAUUACCGUACAAUAAUCGACCCAUCGGAAUGCGUUAUACAUCGCGCGCUCGCCAGGCAACCCUAGCGAAGGCGAUACUUGGCGUCCAUCCAACUAGGUCAUCACUAGAAUGUGAUUGAGCUACCACCCCGCAAGCAAGAGGGAUUGCAUAAAUGCGGCGAUGUAUGGCAAGCAGUACUGCUGCUGGGGUGGAGAGAAAAGCUUGCCUCACAGAGCCCUGUUGGUUGACAACCAAUGGUUGUGCAGGUGGGCUUACUUCUGAAUGUGCGAGGGUGGCUGGGUUUCAUGUGUACGGGUGUAUUGCAAGGUCGUCUGCAAGCGAGCUGCUGGUGCCCGCGCCGGCACGCAAAUGUUGUAUACGGUAUGAGGUGAGACGUAUGUCUACGCAUUGUGGCCAAGCAUCCCAUGAGACUAUAGAUGAGACGAUUUAUCACAGCAGGCCAAAGUUAGGGAUGUGCCACCAUGAAUAGUGCAUGCGUGUGUGUAUGCGUAUGCGCGUGCGCAACGCCACAAAGAUUGCUUGUGUGGUGUGAGAUCAAUUGUGUGUGUGUGUGUGUGUGUGUGUGUUAAAAAACGAAACGAAAGCCCGCCCGUGUGUGUGUGUGUGUGUGUGUGUGUGUGUGUGUGUGUGUGUGUGUGUGUGUGUGUGUGUGUGUGUGUGUGUGUGUGUGUAGUUGCUAUGUCUGUUGUGCACGCGGGCAACGGUGGCUGCUGCUGCUCUCUCUCAGAACAAAGGGGGCUUUCACACGUGGGAAGCGAGCUUUGCCCGGAAGUCGGCUUCGGGGGCGAAACCAAUUCGCAUGCGGGCAAAUGCGAAGUUCGUGCCCCCAUUGUGUUUUGGUAAGGUUGGUAGAAGUUCAACCAUUACGUCAGCAUUUUCAGCGCGCGGGUCCGCUGUGGGGUUUUGACGUUUCUGUGCACAUCCAUAUGGUCAUGUAUGUCAAUGAAAUGAUUGACUGUUUUAAAACCGACUGUGAAAUUGGGAUGGGGGUGCCGGCAUGGCAGGUCGGGUUCGCGGUCGGUACCAUCCGACGUCGGCUUCGACCCGGUGUGAAAGCCGCGAAGCAGCAGCAGAUGGCGUGGGCGCCCGCUGCACCUGGCCGGGUAGAUCGCCGGGUGGCGGGGCAGGGGCUGUUGUAGGCUGUUGUGAAGUACAGGGCGGGGCGGGGGAGCUGCUGCAGGACAGGACAGGGGCUGUUGUGAAGUACAGGGCAGUGAGGGCACUGAAGCAAAUCGCCAGACGUGGUCUCCUCAGAGCAGUGAGAGUGCCGUGUGCGCCAGGGCACACGCCCAAAUGCGAUCGAUGAGUACGGUACGGACUACUGUCUGGGUAGACAAGCAAUAAGGACCCGCUCGGUGCGUGGCCGUACCAGGGGAGGCCCACGAAGAAGGCCCCUGCCCUGCUGGGCCAUCUUUUCGACGUGCUUGAAACACAACGUACU